AUGAUUUCCAGAAUUUUACGUAAAAUAAAAUUUAUUUUAAAUAAGAUUUCAGAAGCAGAAGUUGAGGAUGAAUUUAGACUUCAACAGAAAUUGAUGAAAUUCUUAGGCAUUUAUCAAUCACCAAUUAAGAAACCUGAUUAUUGUAGCUUCAUAAUCAAGAUUGCGUUCCUUUUAGUAGGAUUUUAUGGAUUUGGACAGUUUAUUCGUGAAAAUUUUAGAAACAUCAUCAAAGUGUCACCAUGCUUAGGACCAGUUUUAAGUCUAACAAUGGCGACUAUAAAGUUCAUCACAUUUUUCUUCAGUUCCGAGAAAUUUUAUUGGAUAAGAAACAAGAUUCAAAUGUUGAAUGAAAGAUGCAAAGAUAAUGAUUUGGAUGUCAAAGUCAUCAAGAAUGUUCGCAAAAUGCAUAGUCGACUGCUAAUUCCGAUAUAUUGUGUCAUUAUAAAUGUUCUACUUUCCGCCAUUGUUCGUCCAAUUAUACAAAACUUGAUAAGUCUUUGCUUUUACGGUCAAGUGAGUUUGACAUUGCCACUCAAAAUGAGCUAUAACAACACUUCCGUGCCUGCUUUAUACAUAUUGGUGUACGUAUUUCAAGUAGUUUUGAUAUUAACUGUAUUAUUAUUUAAUGUAUUAGUAGAUCUAACCUUCUUCACCUGUUGCUUAUACAUAUGUGGUCACUUUGAGAUCCUCCGAAAGACAGUCAACACAAGAGAAUUGAAGAAAUUUGUCGAUUCUCACCGCGAAAUUAUCGAAGUAGCAACUAAACUAUCAAAACUUUACUGGCCUGUGGUCUUAAUUCAGUUUUCGAUGAUGGCUUUAAUUUUUUGUAUAGCUGCUAUCCAAAUAAUUAUCAUUCCUGAAGUCUCACAAAAAAUCACUGCUGGUACCCACUUGAUUGGAGGAACUGUUGCGCUUUUCACUUACUCUUAUGGAAGUCAAAAAGUCAUGGAUUCAGCUUUAUCUGUGGGCGAUGAUAUUUAUCAAAUUGACAAAAAUUAUCUUUUCAUUCUGAUGAGGACACAAAGAUUGUUAAAAAUAAAAGCAGGAUUUAUUCAUGCAUGCUUACCAACAUUUCUGAUGCUUUUGAGUUGGACUGUGUCGUUAGUGACAUUGAUAGAAUCAUUUGUAUAG